GACAGAACGAGGAAUUUCGUUCCUGUCAAAACAGCCGACAAUGAGAAAUAAAUAUAUUUCACAUUGAAGGAUCAGCAUAUUUAUUUACCAACAAAAUGUGUUGUCAUACAUAGUAAACAAAUAAAGAUGAAUCGAACUGAUUUAGAACACGAUAACUAUCGGAAAGAAUGCCUCAUUCUUUGAGUGCGAGAAGCGCAUAUCCAAAUGCGUAAUACGCAGGGUAUCAUCUCUAUUCCACUUUGUGGAAAGCCUGUGUGUCCUUCUAGUAUCGAUUUUGUUGUCAUUUUUCAACAACGUGUUAAUUGCUUAAUACUUAUGUAUUUUAGGUGCUGGUUUAGGGGCAGCCUCUCUCUGCCCUGCCAGUUGUUGUGCAGGUUUGGCGGAGGGGCGGGUUUCCUGAGAAGGUUAAGUAGCUGCUCGCAGCGGAGCAGAGAGAGCAUUCUGCAUCAGUCCUCCUCUGACUCUCUCUCCACCUCUCUGUCUCUGACUCGUAGAAAAACUCGGACUUUUAUACCGAGGCUAAAUUUAGGGGGCUGUCCGGUGCGCAGCGUCCCCAUCCUGGACGCGCUUCCUUCCCCCCGCCUCGCAUUGGUCUGAUUUGUACUGCGAACAAUAUAUAUAAGAAAAGCUGCUCCUUCCAGACGCACAGCAAGCUGCACAUGAGUGAAGAGCAGCUAAUCGGAUCGCAGAAGAAGCAGCGCGCCCUGUAGCUUCCCCUGGAGACUCAGCGGACUCUUCUUUUAAGACAUCAGAAGUUUAUGUUCUCAAUAUAUAAGGAUUCUUUUUCUACUUUUUUAAAUAACGCAUGGAAAUGGCCUUGCGUGGUACCAUUUUACCAUCAAUCUCUACAUUUGCCAACCAAAAGGAGAAAUGUUGGGAAGAUAAUUCCGUCCAUUGCCAGUGCACCCUUUGAGAUAUUUUAUCAAGAGGUGGAAGGGCGACAUGAGCGGCGUUGCGCUCAACAUGGACAGCAGCUGUCUCGGCAUAAAAGACGAAGAGGACCUGGAUAUGUUCUUGGAUCUUGAGUUUAUUCUCGCUAACACCACCGUCUCCGACAGUGCGCCAGCCGCAAGGACUGGGACCGAGUCCUAUCGGCUCCAGGAGUCCGGGGUGUCAGUGUUUCACCAGCAGCACACCGGAAUGACCCAGCAGCCGGCCAAUUACACCUCUGUCCCCGACAUGAACCGCCCUCCGCCGCCCUACAACAGCCUGAUGGCGGAACUGCUUCGCUCCGACGUAGAUACCAGCUACCUUCCCGGGGACAGCCCCAGCAUCCAGGGGAGAUUCCUGAUCAGCUCUGCACCUUUCCAGACCACUCAGGAUGUAUUCCCCGAGCAUCUGAACAUUAAAGUGGAGCCCGACUCCAUGGAAACGUACGGACCUGUAAUGGGUCUGGCGCCACAAAGCUGCACCAAAGUCAAGCACGAGGGAAACGUCUCCUGCAUGAUGUCAUACGAGCAGCAGCCUCGUCUGGCCAACUCUCCGCAGGCCGCAGUGGGCAGCAUGACGCCACCUCUGAGCCCGGACGACCUGAUGAGCUCCGAGUGCCACCAGCCCCAAAUGUGCAACUCCACCUCGCUGACAUUCUCGCAGAGCUUCCACCCCCACCACCGCUGCGCGUCCGGGGGAUUCCCACGCCCGCACAUGCAGCUCCCUUUCCCCGUGGCUCACCACCGUCACCAGUUCCCCGGCAUGUUCGGGGAGGACGCAGCCUUGGGCAUGCAGCAGCAGCCGGCGGCCAGUCAGCGCGUCCUGCUCACUCCGCCGUCCUCUCCGCUGGAAAUGAUGGACACCAAGCCAAAGAGGGGCCGCCGGUCCUGGCCGAGAAAACGGACUGCUACACACACCUGCACGUUCACUGGCUGUGGGAAGACCUACACCAAGAGCUCCCACCUGAAGGCGCACCUCAGGACGCACACAGGAGAGAAACCAUACCACUGCAGCUGGGAGAGUUGCGGCUGGAAGUUCGCUCGUUCCGAUGAGCUCACACGUCACUUCCGGAAGCACACCGGACACCGGCCGUUCCAGUGUCACCUGUGUGAACGGGCCUUCUCCCGGUCCGACCACCUCGCCCUGCAUAUGAAGAGGCACAUGUGAGGAAAGACCAAAAAUGGCACAGACAAGGACUUCUAUGCACCGCAACAAGCCGAUAAAAAUAACUAUAAUAAUCCUAUGAUCAGCUGUAGAAGGAUGCUGUGCAAACAUAUAGACGCAAGUUCCUAUAGGAGUAUCAACUAUAGUGAUACCAUGACAGCAUAAACUGCCAUACAGUAUGAUGAGGCCACUAUUGACUACACUGUAACACCAAUAGGUAUGUUAAAGGACUAUUAUAGUGAUUUUUCAUUGGGGCAAAAGGAGCAUCAAGAUGAGAUACCCUCAAAUUAUAUUUUGUGAUAAGAAUUAUUUAAAAGUUAUUUUUUGAGAGAAACGACAAACAAACCACAAAACAACAAAUUAAUACAGCCAGAUAUGACAGAAACAGAUUAAUUCUGUUUGGACAAAAAUAUUUUUUCAAACUAUGUAGCUGGUACUACUUUUUGUAUGUCAUGCCAUAGAUAACAACUUAAAGGAACAUUCCACUCAUCAUGUCAGGCACAUGCCACUGAAGUUACUGGAAGCGGAAAAUCCUUUAAAGAGCAAUGAUGUUUUUUGUAUUUCCACCAUUAGUGCCUUUUAUAACACGUUAUUACACAUCUUACAAUUGCCAUAUUCUCCACUGACUAAAAGACAAUCAAAGUUUUAUUCUGAGUGUUAUAUUGUAAGUGUAAACACCACGGGAAAUAAGCUUUGAGACAAUGUUUUGUUCUAAAACUGCCUUUCAUUCUGUCCUCCCUGAAGGCUUGAAUAGGAUGUCGUGUCUGUGAGUCUGCCUGUUGUCUACUAGCAUUUGAAGUCUCACAGAAGUGCAUGAUAUCUCAACACCAUCUGAUUGACAAGGGGCUACACAGUCUUUGGCAAAGAGACCUGUUUGUGUCUUGAAGAAAUGUACUGCCUUGUAAAUUGAAUCUUUUUUAUAUAAUGUAAAUAGUUUAUUUUAUGUACACAUUAAAGUAAAUGAACAUGAUUUCUGA